AUGAUGGGAGACAGUAUUAAAAAAGAUUGCGCAGGCUUUAUAAUUAAUGAAGAGGAUGAGUUUUCAAAUAUAUUUAAUUAUAAGAAUGUAAAAUGUUUUAAAUUCCCUAACUACAUCUAUAUUGGCCAAAUUAAAGAAUCAAAUGAAACAGAAGGAACAGAAGAUAAAAAAAAUGAGACAAGUGGCAAUAAGAAAAAAGCAAAGGAAGAGUUAGGAAAUAAAGAAAAAAUAGAAAAGACUAAAAAAAAUGUGAAAAAAAAAAAAGUGGAAAAUAUUAUAAAAGAAGGCUAUGGUAUGCUAUUAAGUUUAAAAAAAAAUUCUUUCGGUGAAGAAAUAAUAGUAAACAAGUUUAUUGGAAACUGGAAAAAUGAUAAAAAAAGUGGGUUAGGAUUAAAUAUAUAUUUAAAUAAAAAUAUAUAUUAUGGAUAUUAUAUAAAUGAUAUGAAAAAUGGUUAUGGGAAUUUUAUUUGGAAUGAUAGUAAAUCAACUUAUGAGGGGAAUUGGACUAAUAAUUAUAUGCAGGGUAAUGGAAAAUAUAAAAAUAAAAAUUAUAUAUUUGACGGAAAUUUUCAUAUGAAUAAGUUUGUUAAUUUUAAUGGGGAAUGGAUAGAUAUAAUUGAAAUUGAAAAAAAUUAUUCUAAAAACAAUAGAGUUAAUAAAGAAAUAAUUUUAAAUAAUAAUAUCGAUUUGAUUAUAUUGUCUUUUGAUUUUUUAAAAGUUAAUCUCAAAAAAAUUGCUACUACAAUUAAGUAUAAAUAUAAUAAAAUACCUUUUAUUAUACGUUCUAAAAAUUUUGUGGACAAACAUAAGCAAAAUAUUGAUUUGUCUAAACUUAUUUUUUUAAGUUAUUACUUAAAUACAUUAGAAGUAGAAAACUAUUUGAACGAUGCCCAAUUAACCUUUGACAGUUUAGGAAAGGGUAUUUUAAAAGAUCAAAAUAUAAAUUUCGACCAAGAUCAUAAUAAUUAUAAUGUAUCGAAUUUUGAUGAAACGGAAUCUGAAUCGAUUAUCAAAAGUGAGAUUUCUUGUUCUCAUACAUCUGACCAAUGUAGUGAAUCAAAUGAUUCUAAUAGCACUGGAAAAAAUAGUUCUAACGAUAGAAGUAGCGAAUUAGAAGAUUCCAUCACUUUCUCUAAUAGUGAUGAUUCUACAGCUUCUUAUGGAUCUAGAAUGUCUAUAUUUUCCAACAUUCCCGAAAUAUAUAGCAAAGAAAAUAGUUUAAAUUCAAUAAAGGAUGAUAAUGAAAAUAUAAGCAAUCCAAAUGAAUGCACAUUAAAUAACUUGAUUGAAAACAAAACUGGAAGUAUAGAAAGUGAUGGUAGUGAAUUGAAAGAAUAUAUAAAAAAUCGAAAUUUAUCGAAGAUAGAGAUGGACAAAAAAGCAAAAGAUACAUUCUCAAAAAGUGGUAGUAUAAGAGAAAGUAACAUAAACAAUAAUGAAAAUGAUAAUAAUUUAAAUGAAUCAAAUUAUGACUCUAAAAAUAGAGAAUCCUACGAUCUUAAAAUGAACAAUGAUACCACUUAUGUUAACAUUGAAGAAAAAAGAAAAAAUGAAAUAAAUAAAUUAAUCAGCAAAUAUGUCAAUAUUUAUAAUAAUUGUGAAAGUGAUUCAAGUGAGUAUAGCAUAUUAUCCAGUGGAAAAGAAACAACCAAAAGUUGCAAAAACGAUACUAAUAAUGAGAAUACAACUGAACAAAUAAAAAGUGAAGAAAACGAAAAUAAAAAUGAAAAAGACAAGGAAGAAACUCCGAAUGAAAUAAUCAAUAUAAAUAAUAAAGGAAAUAAUUAUGAUAAUAUGAAUAAAAUCGUUAAAAAUGAUAUUUUAAAAAUAUAUAUAAGUAUUAAGUUUUUAAAAAAAUUAAGAAAAUGUAAUUUGUCUUGUACUUAUAAUAUUAAUAAAAAAAUUAAAAACUCAUUGAUUUUGAAUUAUCCAUUUAUUUUUAAUCUAAAUUAUGGGAAAAAUAAAAAUGAAAUAACAUUAGAUCACCUUUUUAUAAAAAAUGUUACCAUACCCAAGUUUUGGAACUUAAGUAACUAUUUUGGAGAUUCUGUGGAUAAAAUUCCUAAAGACAUUUUCACGCCUUUGUAUUUUGAUUUCAAUAAUGAAAACAAAAACAUUUUUAAUUUUUCUCAAAUUAAUAAAAAUGAUAAGACAAAUUUAGAGAACGACUGUGGAGAAACACCUUUUAAUCUGAAUUUUUUUAUGGUUACAGACUUAUUAGUAGAUGAGACAAACGAUAUAAAUUAUUUAAAAUCAUUACUUAUAGAUAAAUUUAAAGACUAUUUAUAUGUAAACAAUUUAUUUUUUAUCAUAAUUGAGUGA